GGAGACGAGAGACUUGUGAGACGAGAGAGGAGAGAACGCCGUACAAGAUGUUACCCACACAUUCCCUUUGGCUGUUGCUUCUUAUUUUCAGUCAGCGCGAUGUGUGUCCGUGCUGUGCAUCCAACGCGGCCGCAGCAGGAGAGGGCCAGGAGGUGCACUGCUCUGGUUACGAGGCGGCCCUCAGCCCGAGCGUCAACCUCAGGAGGGUCGUGUGGCACUACAAGCCAGCCAGCGGACCCGUUCCUUUUUACACUUACAUUAUCGACUACAACUACGAUACCAAAUUGACAGACACGCUGCCAGGAACGCAUCUCUCCGACAGGAUCAAGAUCUUAACCGAGGGCAAUUCAAAGAAUUCUCUCUUCAUCAAGUCUUUUAAUGCGAGUGACGGUGGCACCUACACGUGCAAGAUCUAUGGGGAUGGGUUUAAGUUGUUAUACACGACAUCAGUGACUCUACCCAUGGCAAAGGGCAGCGUCUUCCCACUAAUCUUGGGCGCCGCCGCCGCCGCUGCGCUUUUCGUGGUUGUCACGUCCAUCAUCAUCAUCUGCUGCUGCGUACGCAAACGUCACAAAGUCGCUCGCAAGGGAACAGAGGAAAAUACCUACACACAUCUGAGAGGGCACGACCCGAAUAAAGCAGGAACGGAGGAAUCCCACUACGAAAUGAUCGACGUGCACGGUGAACGUGAUACCACUCAGGGCGCUGAACAGGGAUCUGAGCAUGGCCAUGACACACCCUACGAAUCUUUGAAGCAACAUGUGGUCAAUGAAGGUGCUUAUGAAACCCUUGCACCAACUGCAAAAGACCCAGCAGCCCACAGAAGCCCCGACAGCCCCAGCAGCUCGUAAAUUAAUUUAUAAAACAUGCAAAAGUACAAGUCAUCAUGUUCCUGCACGAUAGAAGCUUUAAAAUAGAGAGCCGCCCUGUGUAUCUUGACAAAUCCGUCCUAGCACCCUUCCCCAGGCCAGCGGAUUGUUGUUGACCUCCAGUGGACUUCUUCCCACCCAGCCACGAUCCCUCCUCUCCCUUCGCCGAUCCGCCAGUGCGGAAUGGACGCGCUGUCUGCGCCACGAGUGUCAGUUUGUUCGUACAAACCGUGCACAAAUGUAAACGAACCAACAUCAUUAAUAGCCCUUUGGCAAGCCACUGGUGGCUGAAGGCCUCCCUGUGCCUUGCCAGGCAUAAGUGUUGCUUGACCAGACUUCACCACGAUGGUCGGUUAGUGAAGGGGGGUCUCAGAACCAGCAGGGAUGUCACUCGCCACCGAGACUUGCCGUGGCCAGCGAUCAAACCUCGUUCACGGCGGCAGUGCGCUCACCAUCUUGCCACCGCAUCGCUCACUAACUGUUUGACCGCCGUUGACUAUAGAUUCAUAACGCCACAAUACACGCUCCAAAUUGACACCACGGGAGUUACUGCACUGCGCUAAGAACCCCGCAUCCCAAGAUUGAAUCCCGGCCACGGCUAACAACAGUGGCAAGUGACAUCGGAACAAAUCAUGGACCCUUUUCCUUUCACAAACCCACACUGACCAGUGUGGUGAAGUAUGGUCAAUACCCCCCAAGGCUCGCAUGGCAAGGGGAGGCCCAGACCCAGCAGUUGAUUGACAAAUGGCUGUACACGUGUCAAAUGUGAUGAGUUAAGAUCACCCGUGCAGACACGAGAGGAAUUCCCAUUCACGGGAAUAUUCAAGUAGAAUUGAAUCUUGAACAAUAACCCUGGAUAUCGUCCCACCUCUACCGAGGAACAAUGAUUAUAUUUGACAGUGUGGCACGGAAAUCUCUUUACAACUAUUAUUUCAGUUCAGAGGACUUCUUCACUCCCGGUUUGAACUUGAUUUGUCUCGCUGUGUUCAAUACGGAAGUUCAUGAAGUAUCAUUACCGUUACUGUAAAUCAGCAGCAUUUAUCAUUUGUGUAAACGAAACGUUGCAACUCCAGAUCACCACAUUGGUGACAUCAGAUGACCGCACGUUGUUUCCACUUUCAUGUACAGUGCAAGCAGCACUUUUAAGUUCGUCAAAUGCCAUUCGGAGUAAGGCCAUGAACACUCUUUAAAAGGAGGCACCAGCAAUCGGUAAUCAAACAAAACAAUUCGGCCUGCAAUCUGUAAUGAUAUCCCCUGCCCCCCUCCCUCGCAAUGCAAUACAUUCUUACGAUUCCAGGUCACGGUGAUAAUCCAAGAACUAAUUAUAUAAUCAGUUGUCAUACCAUUCAAUGCAGGCAUCGUGAGCCUGAGACUCAAAUGUAAUCGACAAAUUCACGUAUCUUUACACCCUAAACAACAACCCUUACUAUGUGUACUACUUAAGAGUACACACUCCACACCACCCAGCCUCUCCCCUGUGCAAGCCCGGCACCUUCACUGGUACUGCAAGUCGGAUGCAGGAACAUUCGAUCUAUCGGAGGUCGUGCUCAGCUGCAUCCGCUCCUCAACCCCAUCCAACCCCCCGCCACCGCGUCCCUCUUUGUCUUCCUCGCGCCCUUCUAUCUUUGACCUUGCCGAGGAGGAGGAGGAGGUGGCGUGGCAGUCCGCAGUGCACGCCACCUUCCUCCAUCCGACUCCACGUCCGGCCUACUUGGAGUAUUUGUGACACUUCCCUGUUCAUCAUUAUUCUUCUCUAUCCUCUUGUCAAUAUCUUACCAACGUAAAAAUGUAAACGCUUCGUCCACAUACAGUCUAAAGGCAAAGGGAUUUCCUGCUCAGAGCAUCAAAGCUGUGCUCACCUGCUGUUUACAGGCCGGAGCUGAUGGUGGCAAUUCCACAUUCUUAAGAAGGAGGCAUGUCUAUCCAUAGGACAACAACUGUUGACCUCCCCACAAAGUAGUAUUCUUUUAUCAACCCUAGAGGGAUGAUGGGCUGAGUCAACCCCAGCCUGGGAGUGAAUUCAUCGCCUUACGAUGGCACGCCGCCCACUCGAGCGCUGAGCCUGGAACAGGACACGAUCCUGUGACUGUGAAACCUCUGACACGAAUGUCAACACCAGCCUGCAACACCCAGUGGGAGCGUGUGUACUGAGAUAUCGAUAAAUACCAUGGAAAAAACCCCGGCAAGAAACCUUGCGCAAGGCAGUUGUACACGGGACUGUCAAUUGUGUAUUCUUAAAUGUUGGCUCACUGUUGCCUUCACUAACGCGUCCAGUAAUAUGUGAUGUGUAAUAUAGUUUAUAUUCAUUAACAAACACGAAUUAUAACUAUUCCCAGUUGCGGCCUGUCAAUAGGGGCCUCACUCGUGAUAAUGAAGGAAAAAUAAACCUCCCGAGCAAGAGCCAAGCUAUUCAGCAUUACCAUUAAUGCAUGCAUACAGGAUCACACAAAUACAUUUUGAUUGCUAAUUUUAUUCAAAUUGGUGGAAUCUAUACUAUAACAAACCGCCACACUGCAGGUCGAAACUCUCCUCUCUCGGCUUCUUUCAUCGCACUGCUCCAUUUGGGAAUUCCAUCCCGUCGCCUCUUUUGGCAAGUUCCUGCGAUGACCUUUCUCGAGUAAAUCAGCGCGUGCCACGCUCGUCUCUUUAACCUUCCACAAUCGUGCUGCUUGUUGCUGGCCACUUGGCAUGUUGCGCCUUUCAGCCUUUGCUUAGCAACCGUGAUGCAAAUACAUUAUUGGGAAUAAAUGUUCGUCAUACAUUUGAUGCAAAUUUGUUUAACCGAAAGUUUAUAAUUAGUUUUAGAAUUCUGCUUUUCUUGAAGUUUUUUUUCUUAUAUUUGUGUAUUAAAUGAAAUAAGGCUUAACGAUGUUUCUACAGUCGUUGAGCCGGGAUGUAUCACGUGUAUCACAGGACUCUCGUCGCGUGUGUCCUGGUCGUCGUUUUGUUCCACGUGCCGCGACCAACAGGAAACAGAGAGCCAUCAGCACAACAGCGACAACCUACUCAGUGGCAUUACAGAGAGGUCAAAACCUGUGUAUUUCAUUGGAAAUUAGUCAAUUUUGCACGACUGUAUCUUGUUUUGUUGCCACACGAAUAUUUGCGUUGAAGCCAUUUGACUUACAGACAAGUCAAGCUCCAUGUAUUAGUAAGUUAGCAAAUGCUGAUUUAACGAUGCCUUAUGUACCCAAAGCUAUAAUCACGUAUAUAAAUGUAAUACCACGGUUACGCGGGUAUCGUGGAAAUAAUGCACUGCGACUCGCAGGGCACCAGCUCGGUUCAGCCUCCUGGCGCGGUGGUUGAAACGGCUGGUGGGGGGUUUAAAUUAGAUUUUUAAAAUCCCCGAACCCACGUAGGUUCGGGGAUUUAAAAAGAAAAAAAAACUCCACUCCGCCCUUUCAACCGCCGUCAUGUGUGGUGGGGCAAAGUGUUGGUGAUUCCCACAUGGAAGAGUAGGCCAAAAACACCCUCUAGAGGGGGCUCACCAGAGCUCGCUGUAGUAGAGGCCCUUCUGCCAGCAGUGGUGUGAGCCAGAAAUUUCAGGGCUACGCUCUUUACACAGUUUAUACAAAUUCUUAGGUUUUUUUUUCGGUAAAGUCACGUAGGUAAAAAAAUUUAAAUGAAUAAAAGUAAAAUAAAAAUAAAAUAAAAAUCACGACGUUUCGGAAGCAACACAAGCCUCCGUCUUCAAGUGGAACAGUCACAGCACGAUUGCUGUAUCAAGAUACGUGACUUUACCGAAAAAAACUAAGAAUAUGAAUCCUUGCAGUCACGAAAGCUUCAAAUCUAGAAUUAAUACAGUUUAUACAAUUUUACAUUGUGUUACAUUUUUUAAAAAUAUAUUUUUGUUACUAUUAUUGUAAUAUGUGUGUAAUAUGUGUUACUAAUACAGUUAAUCUUUUUGUGAUAGUAAACAAAAACAAGCUCUGCUUUUCUUAAAACGUAAGCAUCUUUAUUUUAAACAAAAAUCCUCGCUGUAGUUUAAAACGGUACGAUAUUACAUUUUUAGGAAGCUCUUUUCUUCAAUAAACUUGUGGUUAAUAAAAAAUGUUGUUACUGUA